AUGUCUCUUGAAGCUUUUACUGUUUCUGCUGCUGCUCCUCAUAAAUGCAUUGCACCAGAAGGAGCAUAUUUUAACCUUAGACAUAUUACCCUUGAAGGUGAUUCUAAAACACAAUUAUAUUUGAAACAUGACGAGGAUGAAGUUCUUGUUUGUACUUUAUCAUCUGCCAUUCCACAACACUCUGUUGAUAUUCCAUUAUACCUUGAUGAAGUUACAUUUGUUGUUAAAGGUAAUGGAACACUUCAUGUUGUUGGUAAUUUCGAUGAAGUUGAAGAUAACGAAUUUGAAGAAGACGAAGAAAUGGAAGAAGAUAUGAGUGAAGGAGAAGAAAGUGAUGAAAGUAAUGAUGAAAAAAUGGAAGAGAGAGAAGAAAGUGAUGACGAAGAGGAAGAAAAUACUAAACCAAUGAAAGUAGUUGUUCCAAAGAAAGAAGAGAAAAAACCACAACCACCAAAGAAAGAAGAAAAGAAACCACAACCACCAAAGAAAGAAAGUAAAGUUCAACAACACCAACAACCACAAAAGAAAGAAGACAAGAAACCACAACAUCAACAACAACCAAAUCAAAAACAAGGAAAGAAAAACAAUAAAAAGAAUAAAAAGCAUUAA